AUGGCUAAAACAACACUAAUUGUGAUCAUUGCAGUUGCUCUAUUUUCUACUGCUGUGAGAGCUGAAUAUGUACUGACGGUCAAUUUUAUCAACUACACCAACCCAACCGGAUUGUGUGCUGAAUGUGCUGUUCCACUGAGUAAUGUGGCAAGUGCUGACAACUUAGUACCAGUGUGCUGUGAUGAUCAACCAUUCAGAAACACCAACUGUGACAACACAGGAGACGGGAGAUGUGACACCAGGUUCCGUUGGACCAUCAGACCAUUCGGUGCAUCACUGGAGACAAGACCUGUUAGUGUACCCAAUGCCCCUACACCUCCAUAUUCCUUCACUAACUGUAAUGGCCUGUCAGGAAGUACUUGCCCAUUCAGUGAAAUGAGCACAACAUUUGGUCAAGGUCCAACAGGUUUCGUCGGGGUAGCAGCCAAUCCUCUACCAGUAAUACCAAAAACGACUGCAUGGACAGGAAGGAUUCAGUUCUUCAUAGAAGCCAUUGAUAGUGGACUACCGAACAUAAUAGACAGUCUGUUGAUUGACCUGGACAACCUCCAACUUGGAGCAGACUUCACAGAGGAGAUGACGUUCAAUGGAUUCCACAACAUAUCUCACAUGACUAUGAGUUUUAGAGUCAUGUGCUCUCCUGGUUUCUGUGGACCUGUUUGUUUAACCACAUCUCAGAACAAUCCACAAGUGGCUGAAUGUCGAGCUGAUGGUUCCAUAACUUGUAUCAAUGACAGACUAGACCCUGAGGCAAGCUGCAACAGCUGCUUGGACUCAAAUUUCAACAUGGAUACAAACUGUGAAACUUGUGCUAAGCCAAAUUUCAACAAAAACGAAAACUUUCAUGCUCCCUCUACCAACUGCCAGUGUCUACCCAACAGAGACCCCUCUACCAACUGCAUCCAGUGUCUACCAGGCAGGGACAUCACCUCGAACUGUACUAGUUGCCUACCCAACAGAGAUGCCUCUACCAACUGCACCCAGUGUCUACCAGGCUGGGACAUUACCUCAGACUGUACUAGUUGCCUACCCAACAGAGACCCAGUCACCAACUGCUCCCUCUGCCUACAACCAGACAGGUUCACUGAUGCAGACUGCAGUGUGUGUGCUCUACCAGGAGGGGACCCAGCAACACUCUGUCAAACAUGCUUGGCCACUAACUUUGACCCUAACACAAAUUGCUCUGAUUGCAUAGGUAAUCGUGAUCUUGGUUCCAGCUGCUCCACUUGUGUGCCUGGUUGGGACAGUAACUAUGACUGCAGUGUGUGUCUCACUGGGAGGAACAUCUCCACAGACUGCACCACCUGUAUCCCUGGUUACUUGGGAGAAAACUGCCUACUAGAUCUGUCAGUGCCAUCUGAGAUAAGUGCCACCUUUGGAGGCGUGAUCGGUGUGCUACUGUUUGUGAUACUCACACUAGUGAUGACCAUUGCUAUACUGGGGGUCUACAUCAAAACAAGAGGAAAAGAAAAAUCAUUCGACAUAAACCCAGCGAACAUUGAGGUGGUAGAGAAUAAAGUGUAUGGGGUGAGACCGGGCACUCCUGACACGAGACAGCACACCACAACUGGUGGUAUUGAGCUGAAGCCUAAUCUAGUGUACAGUAACGUAGCAGCAGACCAUGGCAACCAAACUGAGCAAAAUGGAGACCCCUCUUAUGAACAAUCUUUAGUGUAUGACUACGUAAUACCUUGAAAAUGACAAUACUAUGCAUGCACUAGAAAGAACACACGCACUAUAAGCACCUCAUCUGUUUACCACGCGAUAAUAACAUUUACCAAUAACUAUACAGUUAAAAUAAUGAC